UUUCUCUGUGGUUAAGGACCGUUUGAAAUAUUCAAAAUUUAAAACCAGAAGUAACGAACAUUUACUUAACAGGGGUAGUUUGUGAUAACUCUAAGAAAAUGGCUUUUGAAGAAAAAAAUAGUAGAUUUAAGUUUCAUCAGAAUGUAUGUAUAAUGAAGAAGGGAAAUUCGAGCCCCAGAAAAUGUCGUAAAAAGUUGCAAGACCGGUUUAACGACAGUGAAUCAAGUUCUAAUAAAAACAAUAGAUCUGUUCUUUCGGUGCUAUCAUUAAAUAAUUCUAGGAAAAUGUUAAGAACAGGUACUGAGAAGUUUCAUAAAGGAUUAAAUAACUUUAGAACUACAUUAACUAGUUUGUCACAGAGAUUCAGAGGAACGAGACGUAGACACAUUUUAGAAGAGACAAAUUUUACCCCAAACGCCCCAAACGGUGCACCUGCGACUCCACUCACAUUUUCUAAAACAGUGUUAGGUCGAACACCGACCAAGUUGUAUAGCCCUUUUGGAAUUGAAACACCUACAUUGGCACAACCAUCUACAUCCCUCAAUGAUAGUAAUGCAUCUGAACAUAUCACUGUUAUGAAAGAGAAAAGGUCAAAGAGUGACAAACUAAAGCGUUUGAUUAUGAUGAGGUAAGAAAAGGGAUUUCGAUCAAUGUAUUUUUAACAAUAAACACUGCCUGACAAAGUAUUUACAAGAGCUAGCUUUUGAAUUAAGCGAAUUUUGUAAUCUCAAAAAGUAUUUUUGAAUUGUAAGGUUUAUUAUUUUAAUUUUUGAAGACAUUUGCUCCCUUUUAUUUUUACCUAUACAUAUAUUUAAAACUUCCAAACGUAUUGGAUGUUUUGUUCUUGUGUUCAAAUGAAAAGUAUUUUUUACUUUUAUACCUAUAGCAUGUAAGUUAUUUUGAUGCUCAUUUAUUUUGUACUUAGAUGUUUUAAAUACACCUUUUUUAUUUUUAA